CAUGACCGAGAACUCAAACAGAGAGACUGAUUUUGCUCUUGGUCUAAAAAACGGUAGAUUUAUUUGUGUAUCUACCAGCUUGAGGUUACACCCCCUGGCUUUAGAUAUAACCUCUCAUAGUACAUUUACAACUAAUACUACUAAACUUUGAAAUAGCUGUAAUUUUUUAAAAACUUUGUAUUGAUCAUUCUGUAUCUAUUGUUUGCUGGACAGUUACUACUGCUGGACUCGCUGGACUGUCGGACUGCAGUAUCAACAUAUUGUAGUUUCAUUUUAGGGGAAACCAGUGCAUUUUCUGCCAAGUCCUCUGCCAGUGGUGCGGGACCUGAUCGAUCACUUUGACACUUCUAUUACCAUCUAUCACUUUUACCUCUGCCUCAAGUUGUUGUUCGUUUAGAGGAGUCGCUGUCACACACCAUGCCAGCGAACCAGGCCUUUGUCACCCUGGCCACCACAGACAGCUACUGCAUGGGGGCUCUGGUGGUAGGACAGUGUUUACGACGACACAGGACCACACGCCAGACUGUUGUGAUGGUCACCACUAAUGUCUCUAGCCAGGCACGGGCUGCCCUGGGCCAUGUGUUUGACCAGGUCCUGGUAGUGGAUGUGCUGGACAGUGGAGACCAAGCACAUCUAUCCUGGCUGGGACGACCAGAACUGGGGGUCACUUUCACCAAGCUCCACUGUUGGACCCUCACCCAAUACAGCAAAUGUGUGUUCCUGGAUGCAGACACACUCGUGCUGUGUAACGUGGACGAGCUGUUUGAGCGUGAGGAGCUGUCUGCUGCCCCUGACCCUGGCUGGCCGGACUGUUUUAACUCAGGGGUGUUUGUGUUCCGGCCCUCUCUAAUCACCCACGGCAGGCUGUUGGAGCAUGCACGACAACACGGCAGUUUCGACGGUGGGGACCAGGGCCUCUUGAACACAUUUUUCAGUGACUGGGCUGUUAGAGAUAUCAGUAAACACCUGCCUUUUGUGUACAACCUCAGUGCCAUCGCAGUCUACACCUAUUUGCCUGCUUAUCAAGAAUAUGGUCACAAUGCUAAGAUUGUCCACUUCCUGGGUUCGGUCAAGCCAUGGAAUCUACGUUCUAACUCACAGACCAAUCAGCACACCAACAGCCACCUGGAAGAGUUUGUUUACCAGUGGUGGAUGGAGUACUCCUACUUACAUCACCUUAUAAAGACAAUGUCCCAUCAAGAACCUGCUGUGCCAAGCCAACAUGCUGGGCCAAAGCAACAUAGCCAGGGAAGUGAAGAAGAGAAGACAAAGGCGAGAGAAGAAGAGAAGCCAAAGGCGAGAGAAGAAGAGAAGCCAAAGGCGAGAGAAGAAGAGAAGCCAAAGGGGAGAGAAGAAGAGAAGCCAAAGGGGAGAGAAGAAGAGAAGCCAAAGGGGAGAGAAGAAGAUAAGCCAAAGGGGAGAGAAGAAGAGAAGCCAAAGGGGAGAGAAGAAGAGAAGCCAAAGGCGAGAGAAGAAGAGAAGCCAAAGGCGAGAGAAGAAGAGAAGCCAAAGGGGAGAGAAGAAGAGAAGCCAAAGGCGAGAGGAGAUAAGCCAAAGGCGAGAGGAGAUAAGCCAAAGGCGAGAGGAGAUAAGCCAAAGGCGAGAGGAGAGAAGCCAAAGGCGAGAGAAGAAGAGAAGCCAAAGGCGAGAGGAGAGAAGCCAAAGGCGAGAGGAGAGAAGCCAAAGGCGAGAGAAGAAGAGAAGCCAAAGGCGAGAGAAGAAGAGAAGCCAAAGGCGAGAGAAGAAGAGAAGCCAAAGGUGAGAGGAGAUAAGCCAAAGGCGAGAGGAGAGAAGCCAAAGGCGAGAGGAGAUAAGCCAAAGGCGGGAGAAGAAGAGAAGCCAAAGGCGAGAGAAGAAGAGAAGCCAAAGGCGAGAGAAGAGAAGCCAAAGGCGAGAGAAGAUAAGCCAAAGGCGAGAGAAGAAGAGAAGCCAAAGGGGAGAGAAGAAGAGAAGCCAAAGGCGAGAGGAGAUAAGCCAAAGGCGAGAGGAGAUAAGCCAAAGGCGAGAGAAGAAGAGAAGCCAAAGGCGAGAGAAGAAGAGAAGCCAAAGGCGAGAGAAGAAGAUAAGCCAAAGGGGAGAGAAGCAACAGUGUCGUUGAUAGAGGACCUCACAGAAUCAUUACUCCGAAAAGUCAAUCUGCUCACAGAGGAGAGGAAGAAGAGGCUUGAUUCACCCACGCAGCCAGGAGAAAUGCGUACCCAACGUCAGGGUGUAUCCACGGGGAAGGAGGGAGGAGCUGGAGACAGAACAGCCAACCAGGACCCACCUGGACCCAGUGAGGAAGGGUCAGAGGUCACUGAAACGGCCUUCAACCCCAUGGAGGAUCCUGCCACUGAACCUACCGCUGCCAAGACAGAGGAGGAUGAUCUGGAGCAGCGGAGGCUGUGGGAGGAAGGCCAGGCGGACUACCUGGGCAGAGACGCCUUCGACAACAUCCAGAAAAAACUGGACCGAUUCUUAUAUUUGUAGCUUGUUUCGUGUGGCAAGAUACUGUAGCAAUAGUACUGUAUACUCAUACUCAUAUUCAUGUUGAAGUGUGUUAUGUCUCUAGCGUAGACCACCACUCUAAUAGGGGUUUCUGUGUCCCUUUGCUGUAAAAAACAUAUAUAUAAACUUGAUUCCAUUUUCAUUUAAAAAAUGUGCUCAUAGAAUUCAUGUUGAGAUGCAUUCCUUAUUUUGAUGUUUAUGCUGGAUAUAUCUGGAAGAUUUUAAAUUGUCUCUAUGUUGCCACUAGAGGGCACUGUUGCUUUUUAAAUAAAGCAC